AUGACAAUAAGUCUGAGCAAUCUACUUAAGGAUAAUCCCACUAAAAGAUGUCUGAUCGAAACGCUAACGCCUAAGAAGAGAUCCGUCCAUAUUGACCUUGAAAACUCGAUCACUGACAUCUUCAAUUUGAUCAGUAAUUGUUUGCAGAUAAACAAUGAGCCAGUCGAUAUAGUCUUUAAGACAGGUAAAAUGAAGAAUACGCUUAGUUUUCCCGUGUAUGGUAAGGCCAGCAGGUCUCACAAUUCGAAUACUGUGUUGAUUCUAUUGACGCUAUUGAAAAUAAUCAAUGAAAGAGCCACCACAAACACGACAAGUACUAUCAGGGAUGUAUACUAUUCUAAUGUCCCACUUUUCAAAACACAACGUACUGUAAACUACUACGUAAAUAUAAUUAGACUGAAUUUUCCUGGAAUGAAUAGUGUCAUUCCUGCUCAAAAAGGUCUGGUUUAUACGAGUGCCACGAUGGAAAUCUAUCACGCUGACGGUAGCAAAAUGAUGCUAAUGGGCGGUACAUCAAGCCUCAUACCAUAUCUGUACGAAACUAGUACGAUAGCUUGCGCAGUGGCAGAUUUCGAUAAAAUUAUAAUCUUAGAGAAGGAGGCCGUUUACAGCAAACUGGUCCAGAAUAAACUCAUGCUCAAUUCUCUGAUAAUUACAGGCAAAGGAUAUCCCGACCAUCUAACAAGAAAGUUCAUUAACAAGGUCUCACAUCUAUGUUCUGAUAUCGAAAUCUUUGUAGAUGCAGAUCCCGAUGGUAUAUGCAUCGCUCUAAAUUACAUGAAAGAUUGCCCUAUGGCCCAAUACAAGGGUAUAACCGUCGCAGCGCUCAUCAACACCAAAGAUGAAGACAAUCUCAUGAAACUCACUCCAAGAGAUUCGACCAUCUCAAGAAAUCUAUUAGUCAAAUUGCAACGUCUCACUUCACACCAAAAAGGUCUGCCGGGAAUAAAAUUGGCGCUUCAACGACAUUUAUUUUUUGGUGUCAAAGGUGAAAUGAACAGCAUGCUGCUGAGAUAA